UAAGUUGCUCGCACUCUCUCUCUCAUUCAUUCCUACGCAUAGGCUCAUGCGCUUGCUGUCUCCUCUAUUUCUCUCUCAGAAUGACACUUCUAAGUACUGCUUUGGGUAUGCUUUUCUAUUUACUUCAAGCCGUUUCUGGAGAAAGUGGCUAUGCAGAGAAUGGAGAUUUUGACGAUGCAGAACUGGAUGACUACUCAUUCUCGUGCUACAGUCAGCUGGAAGUGGAUGGACUCCAGCACUUGCUGACCUGCACGUUUGAUGACUCGGACAUCAACACCACCAACCUGGAAUUUGAAAUAUGUGGGGCGCUUUUGGAUGUAGAUUGCCUGAAUUUUAAUAAACUGCAAGAGAGGUAUUUCCUCAAGACAAAGAAAUUCUUACUGAUUGGAGACAGUAAAAUAUGCGUGAAGCUUGAAAAAAAGAACAUGACUUGCAGAAAAAUGAACAUAGUCAAGAUAGUUAAACCUGAGGCUCCUUUUGACGUCAGAGUCGUCUAUCGUGAGGGAGCAAAUGACUUUGUGGUGACAUUUAAUACAUCACACUUGCAGAAGAAGUAUGUGAAAGUAUUAAUACAUGAGGUAGCCUACCGUCAGGAAAAAAAAGAAAAUAAUUGGAUGCGUGUGAAUUUAACUAGCACCAAGCUGACACUCCUACAGAGAAAACUACAACCCAAUGCCAUGUAUGAGAUUAAAGUUCGGUCCAUCCCUUAUGCCAACUAUUUUGAAGGCUUCUGGAGUGAAUGGAGUCCAAGUUUCCACUUCAGAACUCCAGAGACCAAUGGCACAGGGGAGACGGAUCCUGUGUUACUAACUAUCAGCAUUCUGAGUUUCUUCUCUGUGGCUCUGAUGGUCACUCUGGCCUGUGUGUUAUGGAAAAAAAGAAUUAAGCCUAUCAUAUGGCCCAGUCUCCCUGAUCAUAAGAAGACUCUGGAACAACUGUGCAAGAAACCAAAAAAAAAUUUGAAUGUGAGUUUCAAUCCUGAAAGUUUCCUGGACUGCCAGAUUCAUAAGGUGGAUGGCAUUCAAGCUAGAGAUGAAGCAGAAGGCUUCCUGCAAGACCCUCUUUCUCUGCAGCUAGAGGAGAGUGAGAAGCAGAGGCUCAGAGGCGGGAUGCAGGGUCCCAGCUGGCCUUCCGAGCAAGCAGGCAUUACCCCUAAAAUUUUCCGAGGAGAGUCACCAUUCAGAUGCCUGGCUGGGAAUGCCAGUGUGUGUGACGCCCCUGGGCUCCCCUCCUCCAGGUCUCCUAAUGGCAGGGAAGGUGGUAAGAGCAGACCUCUAGUGUACCAGGACAUGCUGCUUGGACCUGGAACUGCAAACAGCUCCCUGCACCCUCCGUUUCCAUUCCAACCCGGAAUCCUGACAUUGAACCCUGUGGCCCAGGGGCAGCCCAUCCUCACUUCCUUUGGAUCAAGUCAAGAAGAAGCCUAUGUCACCAUGUCCAGCUUCUACCAAAACCAGUGAGUUGUAAGAAACCCAAGAUCAGAACCAUCACGGUGAAUGAAGAUGACUGAGUCCUACUCUCCCCGACAGCACAAACAAACAAAUUGAACGUGGUCCCUCUACAUGGUCAAGGGUUCUGAAGCAGCACUUCUGGGGCAGGAGGCAGGAGACAGGGGCAUUCUGUUUCAGGCAAUGCCAUGAUUCAUUUAUUUCAGAAAGGAAAAAAGGGAAAGAGGGAAAGGAAGGAUGGAGGAAAUGACAGAGGGUUGGGGAGGACAGAAAGGGAGCAAGGGAAGAAAGAGGGAAAGGAGAACAGGGUGUUGGAUACCAUGACCAGGACUCACUAUGUACACAGCGCCGUGCUGCGUGCUCUGCACAUCUUGUCUCGCUGCAUCCUCACAGUAAUCCUGGGAGGUGGGCUCAAUUAGCAUUAUUCCCUGUGUCACAGAUGAUGAAACUGUGGUUUAAAUUAAUCUGUCUGCAGCAAGAGGUAGAAUCAAGUUUUGCUGCCCAGGAGUCUAGCUGGAGUCUCUUCCAAGUCACAUGCCUUCCUCAGUCAGGGACUGUCCUACUCUCCAGUGCCAAACUUCACCUAGAUCCUGGUCACUCUAUAAUGUAGUUGUCUCCAACCUUUUUGGCACCUGAAACCAGAUUCAUGGAAGACAAUUUUUCCAAGGAUGAUGCGGUGUGGGUGGAAAUGGUUUCAGGAUGGUUCAAGUGCAUUGCAUUUAUUUUGCACUUUAUUUCUGUUAUGAUCACAUCAGCUCCACUUCAGGCAUUAGAUUAUGGAGGUCGGGGAUCCCUGGUAUAAUGCAUUGUCCAAACUGGGUCACUUUUGCAGGUGAAAAGGAAAGUUAUAAGUUAUCACUCCAGGACAAUAAUUGUAAACUGAAAUGUCCCAGGAAAAUGGGGACCUAUGUUCACUGGAACUAAAAGAGCUACAAGGAAGAUGGUGGGGAGGAAUGGUCUCAUGAUGUAUGAAGCACCACAACCAGCCAUGUCUACAAAAAGCUACAAAGCUCAUUUUAUUCCAUUUUUCUUAACAAGUGCUUAAAGGAGAAUCAACUAGAAGCCCAGAAUUUCUAUUGUUACUUACUGUUAGGACCCUCUUGCUCCUGCCACCCAAUGACCUCCCUUGAUAAUGGAAGAACCUCUUACUGACUCUGGACACUGAUGUAUUUGAGCAACGAGCCAAGGCAAACUCUCCUCUGUGUGUAGAGACUCCCCAACCCAAAUACAUCUGCUGUCCCCAAUUUCUACCAGUAUGAAUGCUGCCAAAAACUUCAGGGAGAAGGAAUUACAAGCCCAUGCUGCACGUGAGCCAAUUGUGGCCAUGUUCUUGAAGGUUUAGAGAAUAUAUGAUGUGUGUCCUCUUGCAUUUCUUGGUCCAGAUAAAUAAUUAGAGACUGUCUCAAGCCAAGUCAAGAGAGCAGAGCACUCUCAGCUCAGGGGAGUACAGUUGAUCCCUUUCCACAGAUCCCCAGACCACCCCCAACACAACCCUGACUCUGGGUGUACAUAGACCAAGAAGGACACCAGUCUAAGAUCAGUGUUGCUGUUUAGGAGUUGGUCCUUGUUGUUCUUGUUGCUGUUGUUUACAUUUUGCAUUUUUUCUUUGUCUGUUUUUAGUUUGUUUGGGUAGGAGACUAAGUUUUUUAUUUUUUUUUAGUUUUUGUGUUGGUUUUGUUUUGUUUUCUGAUGUCUCUGAAGGGAGUUUUAAAUAGUGGACUAAUAGACCUUAUCUUUGGCUUAGAUGCCUAAUGAUAAUCAGAUCCGUGCAGAGUUGUGCCUUCCAAGGCCUUUUCUCUGAAUCAGUAGGAAUGACUAUAGUCCCAUAAUCCCUUAGAUUUGCUCAGUGCUUUUGUGAUUUUUCAAAGCACUUCCAUAGCAUUAUCCAUUUAGUUUUCUUGGUAUGUAUUUAUGGAAAUCUUGCUCUGUGCCAGCCACAGUGGUAGUCUGGGAGGUCUAAGACAAACAAGAUUGGGACCCUGCCCUUAAAUAUCUAAUAAAAGGUAGCUUUCAAAAUGAGUGGUUAUAACAACACAAAAUGCUGUAAUGGAGAUAUGUUUAAAGUGCCCUGUUGGAAGACAGUCAGGGAAAAUGCCACAAAAAGGGGUGCCCAUCUGUGUGGAGGAAAAGCAGAAUCUGCCUGGCAUGUGAGCAGAAGACAUUUGCCAACAGAUGGACGUGGGGUCUUUACCUUCUGCAGAAAUGUGAACCAAGUCUCAAGGAACAGGUUAUCACAGGAAACCUCACAAGCCUCUUGCGCCUUAGUCACAGAGGUCCUAUUUACUUAUUAUCAUCAUCUUUGCCUUAUGUGAAAACUGGGACAUGGACAGGACAGGUAAGUUACUCAACCUUACAUGUCAAGUCAGGACUGGAAGGUGUAACUGUAUCCCUCAUGUAAAUAAAUCAUCUCUCAAAGAAAGAAAGGAAUAGGUCUCAAGGAAGAUCAAGUUCCCUCCAGCUUUAAAAUCUGUUUUAAUGUUGUUUGACACAGACUAUCAUUUGAAUUCAGUGUGUGAAUGUCUGUUACCAGAGAUGUGUAAAAUCUAUGUAUCAUACUCUUAUAAUCAUAACUGCUGCUAAUGCUUGAUUAUGUACUCAGGGACUGUGUAUAAUGUAAGAUGACAAGUUUGUUCUGACCAACCCCCUUUGGGAUUUCAUUAAAACAGAAAAACUCCUGGUCAGAGACAGUGUAUAAACCAGAGAUGCAAACUGUUUGUUCUUAUAGCAUGAAAUGAAAAUUGAUAAUUAGGCAGCAAAAUUGGUCAAUUAAACAACCAUAUCUGAAGCUAGAAAACCUUGGCUUAUUCGACAGACAUUUUACCUUCAUUUGAUUUUCAGGGGAAUUGUCUUCAGAAAAGUCAGGCAUGGACUGUUUCGAGACAGACUACAAAACUUGGAAUUGGCUAGGAAGAUGGUGAGCAUAUGUGAUCAGACAGCUAGAAUGAUGCAGAUUGGAUGGCAUUUCUGUCAGCCCAGUGGUUUUUCUUUGAAGUUAUUCUUUAACAUAUCCAUUGUUCACUACACUGAAAGUCUCUGAUUUGACUGUGUACUUUCCACAUGCAUUACAAACAUUCUGCAGAGCUGCUAAGUAUAUUACAUAUAUCCGACGUGUGUUACAAUCAUAUAUUUAAUUAAAUGCUACAGAACUCUCUGUGA